AUGCUUCACGACCAUCACGAUCCCUCACUAGAACAACAGAAAUUUUGGGGCCUUGACCAAAGCAAUCCUGCGACUCAGCUCGAACAUUUAUGUAACCUCAAUGUUGGCGAUAUUCCUUCAAAACACAGAAAGACUGGUAUCAUCUGUACUAUAGGACCAGCAUGCGAUACGGUAGAGACGUUACGGCAAAUGAUUACCGAUGGAAUGAACAUAGCUAGAUUGAACUUCAGUCAUGGAUCUCAUGAGGUUUGACA